GUCAGGAGCCAAUGGGGGCUCCCUGCUGUCCCUCCCUGCGAAGCCAGGCGCCGCGUCCCCCCUCCCAGCGUGGCCUUAGUUUUUAUAAACCAUCCCGAGCUGGGGGCGAGCAAGGCCGCCCCGUCCAGCGCUCCGUCCCAGGCACCAGUCGCCCCGGCUACGGUGGCUUGGCGCGCCAUGAGCUGCUGGGGGCCUCCGCCGCCGCCGGGCCGAGGCGAGGAGGAGGGAGGCCAGGAAGAGGAGAAGCAGCAGCAGCAUUGGCGGCGCGCUCGCCUUCAGCGAGGCUCUUGGGCACAGGCAGCAUGAGCCGCGCAGGCAGCGGCUGGGAGAUGGAGGCGCUGCGGGCAGACGCCGGCGGCGGCGGGAGCGGCGGGAGCAGCAGCGGCCGGGGCCAGUGCCGCAAUUUCCUAUCGCCGCCGGUCUUCGGGGCGGCGCCGCCGCCGUCGAGUCGAGCCGCGGGUCCCGCCGCCUCCUCGGGCUUCCCCUACGAGCGCUCGGGCUCGUCGGCCGGGGCGCGCUCGUCGUCGUCGUCGUCCGAGGCGGCCCCUUCCAAGGACUGCUCCAGCGGUGGGCCCCCGACGGCCACGGCCGCGGCUGCCGCGGCCGCCGCGCUCGGCUACCACCCGGGCUACCACCCCUUCGGUAACGGCUACUACAGCUGCCUGCAGCAGAACGCCGCGCUCAAAGCCUCCCCGCACGCCGCCUUCCCCGUGGAGAAGUACAUGGACGUGGCCGGCCUGGCCAGCACCAGCGUCCCGUCGGGCAGCGACGUCUCCUCGCGAGCCAAGGAGGUCUCUUUCUACCAGGGCUACGCCGCUGCCGCCGCGGCCGCCGGCCCUUACCAGCACGUGCCCGCCGGCUACCUGGACGUGGUCUCCACCUUCGGCUCGGCGGCGGCCGGCGAGCCCAGGCACGAGACGUACAUCUCCAUGGAGGGCUACCAGUCGUGGACUUUGGCCAACGGGUGGAACGGCCAGGUGUACUGCGCCAAAGACCAGGCCCAGGGCUCCCACUUUUGGAAGUCCUCCUUCCCAGGGGACGUUGCACUAAACCAGCCGGAUAUGUGUGUCUACAGACGAGGGAGGAAGAAGCGCGUGCCUUACACGAAACUGCAGCUCAAGGAACUGGAGAGCGAGUACGCCGUGAACAAAUUCAUAAACAAGGACAAGAGGCGGAGGAUAUCCGCGGCCACCAACCUCUCCGAGAGACAAGUCACUAUUUGGUUUCAGAACCGCAGGGUCAAGGACAAGAAGAUAGUCUCCAAGCUGAAGGACAAUGUCUCCUGAUCCGGGCCCAAAUCGGUGUUUUUUUCCGGGGGGAUCUAUCUCUAUCUAUAAAUAUAUAUAAAUAUAUAUAUUAAUUGCAAACCAUCCACUAUCGGCUCAAAAAGACUUUUGGAAAGACUUGAAAUAUAUUUAAUAUUUUCCCCCGGGGGGAGGGAGGAACCUUGUUGAAGUACUUAUAGGAAAAAGGUUCGCAAUUUCUUUUUCGGAUUUACUUGCAAGUGUUAGAUUUCCUCUCCCCCCUUAAAAAAAGGGUCAUUCUCCUUCAUUGUAUUUUGGUAGGUUCUGUUCCCUUCCCUCUCCCACGAGGCCUUCCUGAAAAACCGCUAAACUAGCCUUAAGAAUAUGCUAAGUGCUAAAAGGUGUGAUUAUAGAUAGAUAUAUAUAAUCUAUCUAUAUAUAUAGUCUAUCCUUAUCAUCGAUCUCCCGAAUUUUCAUAAUGGACCAGAAGACAAUAAUUAUGUGCAAGGGAGUUGUGAUGAUGACGUCAACGCCAAGGUAAAUGAAGUCGAGGGUCGCCACUGACCUCUGACCUUAAUGUGAAAUUACUUUUUAAAAAAGAGGACUGCAUUUUUCCUUCCGCCUCCUCCGAAACCGAUCCCCACUGAGCUUAAACCGGAGUCAGGGGGUCCCAGUUUUGAAGACCUACCGUUCCAGGCUUAAGCAAAGUUCAUUUAGGGGAGUAUACACUGUAGAAACGAGUUCGAAAUUCGUCCCAAGUCCAUCUGUUUAGAAUGGGGCGGUUCUUAGGUUUAUAAAUAAUCUUUUUGAAACCAACCCCAAAAUGCAUUGUGAUUAGGUAGCCCACCUCCCACACAUUUUCUGCGGGUAGUGGGGGGAAAUAAUCGGUUGCUUUAUGUACAGUCAAUGGAGUCUGAUUUCCUGCAGUAGUGAAAGGCAAGAUCCGACCGAAAGGAAACCUACUUUGCGCACGGUAAAGUUAGUUCCACUAAGUCCCGUGUCGGUUUGCUGCCAUGUAUGCUGGAUUAUUGGAACCAAACGUGGUUUUUUAAGUGCUUUAAAUUUUGGCCGGAUCCUGCCUGCAAUUUUUUGAGGGGUGCGUAUGUGUACGCGUGUGUGAAGUGGAAGUGGUGAUGUUGGGUUGCUCGCUGUUGCACGCAGUCUGCAAGCGAGGCUUAACACGUAAGCUCUUUUCUAUUAUUGUCGUACUAAGACCUCACGCGCUGGGCUGAAUUCUCAACUUAGUACAGUGGCCUGGAGUUCCGGGGUUUUUAAACCGACUGUGCCUAAUAUGUUUAGUUUGUAUAAAGGUGUGUAUAAAUCGAUGCGUAUUUUUAUAUAAAUAUCGGGACGUUCUGUUAACUCUUCUGUUUUGUUUCCUCCUCCACAAUCACAAAAAAGCAUUCGCUUUUAACUCUUCCUGGGAACGGACAGGCUUCUGCUCAGAGGAGUGGGAGCUGGGGUUUGGAAGCUUUUGUUAACUACAGUAAAUGAAACGGGUGUUAGUGCAAGAAGCAAUAAAUGACAAAAAAUA